AUGAACGAAAAUGGUCGGAGACGUUGUUGUCUUCUCUCAGGGAUCGGCCUCACUCUCUUCGGAUGUGUGAUUUGUGCAUUAUCAAUUGCAUUACCUGGAUGGCAGGUGGGUCUUCGUUUGCCGUUGAUUAUGACUUUAAAAGGUGGUGGAAUUACUCGAGUUCAAUUCAAUACAUGAGCAUGGGAUCUUCUAUGAUUGUGUUCGAUCAGAGACAACGCCUUUGGAAAAAGCUCGGUCCAAGGACUUUACAUUCAGAACGAGUAAACGAUGCACUUACAAAUUCGAUUCCUCAGCCUCGAGGACAAUAAGAAUAGCGGUUGAGGAAGGGGAUGUGGCUGCCACGGAGAUGUUGUUACAUCGAUUUCUACGUAUGUUAAUCUGCUAAAAAUUGUGCUAACAAUAUUUUAGCUCAACACAAAGCUGUCAUCUUUUUUUUCAUCUUUACUGUAAUCUUUGCGAUGAUGUCGAUGGUAGUUGGAGCAUGUUCUCCAUGUUUUGUACCCAAUGGAGUUCUCCAUGUGUUGUCUGUGAUGACUGCCAGUAAGUCUAUGUACAAAUUCCAAACUAGACUGUCUAUUUAAGUGGGAUGUUCGUUGUUGGCUGAUUUUAUUUUCUUUAUGGCCUCCAAAAAAAACGACAACCAGGAAGUUCAAGGGAUCGUCAACGUGUAUCAGGUGGGAAUUCGAAUAUCUCUGGGAAUUUUCCUUCAGCAGCACCUUGGGUAUGCCUUUUUUGUCCAUGUCUUCGGGACCCUUGCCCUGCUCGCGGCUACGCUAUCUUCCACAGUAUCAGCGUAUCUGUUGAUUCGAAGAGAAUGGAGGAUUUAUGGAUGCUGCGAUUCUAAAGGAAGUCAGAAGGGAGCCUGUGGAUCGUACUGUCAUUAUCCAUCUUUAACAUAUUAUGGAGGAAAUGAUAUGGAAUCGCGACUUGUGGAUAUCCCGAACACCAGUCUUCGGAUGCCCAUGCCGCCUCCUCCCCCACCUCCACCAUUGUUCGCGACCAGAAUCGAGCAUCGAAGAGGAGUCAAUGGAUACGAACAUAAUGAGAGGUUAUUCCAAGAAGAAGAUGUAUGA